UGCGCUUCUUGGCUUUUUUGUGCUGUCUGGCAGAUGGUGAGGGCUCACUCUGGCUGCCCUCUGGCUCCUCCUCCUGCAGCGGCAGCCUGGGUGGCAGCUCAGCUUCAGCCUUGGGAUGGGCACGAAGGCCCGGGAGGCUGAGGGACCUGAGCCAGGGACAAGAGACCUGACCCAGGGAAUACCCCAGCCUGCCCACCGCCCCAGGACUCGACGCCUGCCCCUUUCCUGGUCAAUGAGGCCCCAGGCCCAAGAGGCUUAGAGGCCAGUGAGCCCAGUCCCCUACAAACCCUGAAGCUCCCACUCUCCUGCUGCUCCCUCCACGGGGGCUCUUGAAGAAGGGAGAAGAGAGUGAUGGUAGUGGCAGGGGACAAGAAUCCUUCCUGCAGGAGUGCAGGAAUCAGGAAUGCUACUGGGGUGUGUGCCCCAACCCCGGGCCUGCAGCUCCUUCCCCUCCUCCUCCCCCAGAGCCCCCUCACUUGACAGGCUUUCUCUUUGGACCAUGACGGGGCCUCACAAUGGAGACCACGGGCCUGGGGCCUCUCUCCUCUAGCGCCCCGGCUUCCGCCUUGGGUCUCUCCUCCCCCAGCUUGGGUCCUUCCUCCUGGAGCUCCAGCUCCGAAGCUGCGCCUGCUGGGCGCUGGUCUUCACCCUGGGUUCCGCGGGCCUCAUGGGCUGGCACCAGGAAAUGUUCUCCCGCCACUGGACACUAGAGGUGACACACAGGCCAUCGGUCACCAUGGUCGGGCAAAGGACAUAGGGAUCCGUCACUGAACACCUAACAUUAGACACCGAAACGGGAAUAAUGACACCAGCCUGUGCCCCUCCCCGCCUGGAGGGCCCAGCCUGGCAGUUAGCGGGUUGGGGGGCUCAGAGUUCCGCCUCUCAGAGCGCUGCGGCCCCGUGUUUGAAGGUUAAACAGCCUGACCUUCACCUCGGAGGUCUGAGCGCUGCCGGGGUCCUCCGCGAGCUGUCCCUGCCCCACGACCGUAGCCUCCUGGACCCCCGGCCGCCUCUCCGCCCCUGCCGAGGCCAUGGCUGCGCAGGCUCAGUGCAUCCUCCACAGCUGCUUGGGGAGGGCCCCGAGCGGCUGGAUAGUGGCCCCGCGCUGACCCCGGAGACCGGCCAGCAAGCGAGGGCAGAGCUGGGAAGCGAAACCGGCGACCGCGGAGCCCACACUCGGCGGAAACUACAAGCCCCAGGACGCUUUGCGCCAGGAUCAGUGGACCCUGACCCCGGGGACGGAAGCCACGGUUGCCCGGCAACAACAACUCCCGUCGGGUGGCAGCGGCUGGCGGCAAAACCUCUCGAGUGUGCCCCUGCCCGAGUGCUGCGGGGGAGAGGCCGCGAGCAGGACCGAGAAGUGGGCUGGGAGGAGAGGUCGCGGAGGCGGCGAGCGAGGCCGGGGCCCAGGCGGGGACCGGCAGGGGCCCGGGAGUGACGGGCACGGCAGGGUCAGGGUCCUGGGCGAGGGAGGAGGCCCGGGGUUGGGGAAGGGGGCCCGGGGAGGGAGGUGCACAGCCCUGCAGGCCUCGGGGCACCGUUGCUGGGUGGCGCCGGCGGCAUGUGCGAGGGCCCGUCCCGCAUCUCGGGGCCCAUCCCCCCAGACCCGACGCUCUGCCCUGACUAUUACCGGCGGCCGGCCUCGGCUCAAGGGCGCCUCGAGGGAAACGCGCUGAAGCUGGACUUGCUGACCUCGGACCGGGCCCUUGACGCCACCGCUCCCUGUGGCCCCCGCAUCGGUCCCGGUGCCCGAGAGAUCCUAGAGCGCGGCCGGCGCGGCGUCGGGGACGUGCUGUUGCAACUCGAGGGGAUCUCCCUAGGUCCUGGGGCCUCUCUCAAGAGGAAGGACCCUAAAGACCAUGAGAAGGAGAACCUGAGGCGGAUCAGGGAGAUUCAGAAGCGCUUCAGAGAACAGGAGCGCAGCCGGGAGCAUGGACAGCCCAGGCCCCUGAAAGCUCUGUGGCGCUCACCCAAGUACGACAAGGUGGAGUCCCGGGUCAAGGCCCAGCUCCAGGAGCCUGGCCCUGCCUUUGGGACAGAGUCUACCCACUUCCUGCGGGCGCACUCCCGCUGUGGCCCUGGCCUCCCACCACCCCGUGUACCUAGUCCUCAGCCAACACCACCAGGUCCCAAAGCUAAGGAGCCAGGCCUGGGGGUGGACUUCAUUCGUCACAAUGCACGAGCUGCAAAGAGGGCCCCCCGGAGGCAUUCCCGCUCGCUGCAGGUCCUGGCACAAGUGCUAGAGCAGCAGCGGCAGGCCCAGGAGCACUACAAUGCCACACAGAAGGGCCAUGUGCCGCAUUACUUGUUGGAGCGCAGGGACCUGUGGCAGCGGGAGGCUGAGGCUCGCAAGCAGAGCCAGCCAGACCCUGCCAUGCCCCCAGGCCACACACGCAUGCCUGAAAACCAGCGGCUGGAAACACUGACCAAGCUGCUCCAGAACCAGAGCCAGCUGCUGCGUGAGCUGGUAUUGCUGCCUGCCAGGGCAGACUCACUGAGAGCCCAGAGCCACCGUGCUGAGCUGGACCGGAAACUGGUGCAGGUAGAGGAGGCCAUCAAGAUCUUUUCUCGGCCCAAAGUCUUCGUGAAGAUGGACACCUGAGUCCCUCUGAGGGACAGUGGCAGGGAGCUCCAUGCUGAGGAUCGCCACAUGGUUGCAAAGGACAGGGUGGGACCCAAUCCCAGAGCAGAGGUCUGAGGACAGGAGCAGGGGGGUGGCCAGUGUCCCUAGAGCACUCCUCCCAGCCACCAGUGGCUGCAGAAGGGCCACCCCAGCCUUUUAACCGCUUUGUCAAAAUUAAACCUUUGGUACACAGGA